AUAUAUAUGUUUAGCCAUAAGUUGAUAUGUUGACGAUAGGGUUAUAAAUAUAGCACUCACAGUUCGUUGAUCUAUAUAUUAUGUUGUAAUCUUUAUAUCAUGUUUUGGUCAUUUUCGUACAAGUAACUUAUGUAUCAAGUCAUGUUUAAAACAUGUUAAUCUAGCAGAGUUUGAUAAUAUUACGAUCAAAAACUACAUAUCGUUUUAUUUUCUUUAAAACAACAAUUUGCUCCCUAACAUUAAGGAUAACAAAAAUUCGAAUUUCUUAAAAAAUAGAGAAGUAGAUUUUUAAAACAAUAAUACUAUAUCAGCUGGAGAUUUACUUAGUCAAUUUAAUUUUUUGUUUUGAAACGGAAUAAUGUUUAUUGUUACUAAAGAAAUAGACAGCGAAAAUAUAAGCCGAUUGUGUCGAACUUGUUUACGAGAAGAUGAUGAAAAAAUGAUUUGUUUAUUUGUUGGUCCUGCAGGAUCUUCUCUUGCAGCAAAAUUACGAUCUUUAUCUUGUUUGGAGGUUUGGCAAGGAGAUGGUCUUCCUGAAAAGCUUUGUAAUCGUUGUGUAACUAGAGCUGAGUCAGCCCUUUUAUUCAGAGAACAAUGUAGAGCAGCAGACAGAGCAUUAAGACAAGCUGCUGCUAAGGUUGCCUAUACAACAGUUUCAGGCUGCAAACUGUAUCAACAAAACCAAGGACUUACAUCAAUACAGACUUCACAAAAACCUAUUAAAUGUUUGGAAUGUGGAGCAGUUUUUAUGGAUUAUCAAGAACUUUACUCCCAUAGUCGGUCACAUGUUUCUGCGAUUCAAGAUAAUAUUUCCUUCCCUCAUAUGCAUAUCGUAGAAUCACAAAAUCCCCAUUUCAAUAUUGAUUCUCCAAUAAAUGAUUUAAUAAUGACAAAUAAUGUUAAUGGAUCAUUAGCAUAUGCAAGAAAAUCAAGUACAAUGACUGAAUUAACACAGAGAAAUGAUAGAGCUGCUUGUGCUUUUCAUUACUCCGUAUAUAAUUAUAUGUUGCCAAAUCAAAAUCAACUUAUGAAUAAUCAUUUUUCUCAUUUGAACAACAAUAUAGAAGCAUCGUGUGAUAAUAGUAUUGAUAUCGGAGAAGAUUCGAGCAAUUCAGCAGAAGAUUUUAGUUUUCAAAGACCAGAUGUUCAAUAUUUUCGUGAUGAACAUUCUUUAAAUCCAAACUCAAAAUCACAUUUUCCGGAAAAUUUAACAUUAACAACAGCAGAACAAGAAUCUAAUGAGAUAAACAAAGAAGAUUUAUUAAUUGAUUUAAGUAAUAAUAUUCCUCGAUUUUCUCAAGAUAUUCAAGCUGAUAAUAUUAUAAACGAUUCCCAAAAUUUGUCCGAUGAUAAUGAUUUUGAAGUACAAAUAAGUAAUAAAGAUACUGCAAAUUUAAUUAAUAAAAAACACAAAUGUAAAGUGUGUGGAAAAUGUUUUACUCAAAAAUCAAAACUUACAACGCAUGAAUUAUCUCAUACGGGUGAACGACCUUUCAAGUGUCAGAAAUGUGAUAAAGAUUAUACAUCAAAAAGUAAACUUAAUGCACAUAUGAGAUUACAUACUCAAGUAAAUGUUCAUCAAUGUAAUAUUUGUAAGAAAAUUUUCUCUUAUCCAUCUUAUUUGAUAGAACAUCAAAAAACACACGAAAAAAACAGUUACAAAUUAAAAACAAUUUUAAAAUUUAAAAAAUAUGAAUGUUCGACAUGUAAUAAAAAUUUUUGCUUAAAGAAAAACCUCAAUGCACACAUGAAAUUUCAUAGUGGAAAAAAUUUGUUUUAUUGCGAAGUAUGUCACAAACCAUUCAGCCAGAAAUUUAAUUUAAAAAUUCAUUUAGAGCUUCAUAAAAACACACGAACUCAUAAAUGUGAAUAUUGUAAUAAGUCUUUUAAUGGAAAGGGUAAUUAUAUUGAACAUUUAAGAAUUCAUACGAAAGUAAAACCAUUUGUUUGCGAAUUGUGUGAUAAAGCUUUUUCACAAUCUAGUCAUUUGAAAACACAUCAAGCUACACAUAAUUCACAAAGACCUCAUCAAUGUCGUUUGUGUGGUAAAAAAUUUAAAUUGUCAUCUCAUUUACAACGUCAUAUGAAUUUACAUACAUCUAUAAAAGCAUUUAAAUGUACUCAAUGCAAUCAGCUAUUUUCUCAAGCAUUUAGUCUUAAAAGACAUUUAAAAAAACACAGUGAAGUCACUUAGUAAUUACACAAAAUAAAUUUAUUAACUUCAAGUUAAAAAAUAUAUGGCUGUAUACAUAAUCUUAGUUUUCAAAAAUCUC